ACAUGUAUAACACGGGUAUAAUGGGUGCCGCUCUCACGCCAACCCGCCCGUGCCCAUGUUUAGCCAUUCAAGCUUUUAUUGCUUGCAGCUUGCCUAUAUCCUUCAAUGGCGGUAAAAGGACAAUUAUAGUAGGUUCAUAUCAUAUAAACAUCUGCAAAUUAAAAUAGAGAAAACUGCCCUAGCCAAAAAUAUAUCGCCUGAAAAUGGAGGAUGAGGCAGAGAUUUACGACGGAAUUAGGGCACAAUUUCCUCUGACUUUUGGGAAAAAAUCGAAACCUCAAACUCCACUAGAAGCUCUUCACAAUACUACUCGUCGAUCCACCACCAUUGAACAACCCAACCACUCCACAGCUUCCUUCCCGUCUAUCUCUUCUUCCUCCAAGGAUUGGCUCAAUUCCGUUCGCAAAAAAUCUAUCCCUAAACCCCUUCAAUCCGAAUCUGAUCAGGGUUUAGUGGGUCCACCUCGACCAUCGUCUAAAGAUGAAGAUGAUGGGGAGUUGAUUGGGCCGCCUCCGCCGCCUGUGCGGUUGGAUUCCGUAGUUGAUGAUGAUGGACCAGAGGUUGGGCCGCCACGGCCGCCGGAAGGUUUCAAGGGAAGUGAUUCUGAUGAGGAUGAGGACGAGGAAGAGGAGGAAGAAGAAAAUAUUCUGUCACGGAUUCCUUUGAGCAAUGAAAUUGUUUUGAAGGGACAUACUAAGGUUGUUGCUGCAUUAGCAGUUGAUCAUUCUGGUUCAAGAGUUCUUUCUGGAAGUUAUGAUUAUACCGUUCGUAUGUACGACUUCCAAGGUAUGAAGCGGGAUCUGUCUUCAUUCAGACAAUUAGAACCAUUUGAAGGGCACCAAGUUCGAACACUGAGUUGGAGUCCCACAGCUGGAUUUUUUUUGUGUGUCACUGGCUCUGCUCAGGCUAAGAUUUAUGACCGUGAUGGACUUACUAUUGGUGAGUUUAUGAAAGGGGAUAUGUAUAUCCGUGACCUUAAGAACACCAAGGGUCACAUAUCUGGUUUAACGUGUGGAGAAUGGCACCCAAAUAAAAAGGAGACAAUUUUAACAUCCUCUGAAGAUGGUUCACUUCGUAUAUGGGAUGUGAAUGACUUCAAUUCCCAAAAGCAGGUCAUUAAGCCAAAGCUUGCAAGACCAGGUAGAGUCCCAGUCACUACAUGUGCUUGGGAACGUGAUGGGAAAAGCAUUGCUGGUGGAAUAGGAGAUGGAUCUAUUCAGAUAUGGAAUCUCAAGCCGGGAUGGGGAAGUAGGCCAGAUAUGCAUGUCCAAAAAGCACAUUCAGAUGAUAUUACUGGAUUGAGAUUUUCAAGUGAUGGCCGCCAUUUGUUGUCUAGAAGUUUUGAUGGCACACUAAAGGUUUGGGACUUGCGUCAAAUGAAGCAGCCUCUUAAGGUGUUCGAGGAUUUACUGAAUAAUUAUGCUCAAACAAAUGUCUCAUUUAGUCCUGAUGAGCAGCUUAUAUUUACUGGUACCUCUGUAGAAAGAGAGAGCCCAACUGGAGGGUUGCUAUGCUUUUACGAUCGGGAAAAACUUGAACUAGUGUCAAAAGUCGGCAUCUCCCCUACUUGCAGUGUUGUGCAGUGUCUUUGGCACCCAAGACUAAAUCAGGUUUUUGCCACUGUUGGAGAUAAAAGCCAAGGAGGAACGCACAUACUCUAUGACCCAACCAUGAGUGAAAGAGGUGCACUUGUUUGUGUUGCUCGUGCUCCAAGGAAGAAAUCGGUGGAUGAUUUCGAAAUAAAGCCAGUUAUACACAACCCCCAUGCCCUUCCCUUGUUCAGAGAUCAGCCAAGUCGCAAACGUCAGAGAGAAAAGAUUCUCAAGGACCCAGCAAAAUCUCACAGACCAGAGCUCCCCGUUACAGGACCAGGAUUUGGAGGCAGAACUGGUACAUCUUCGGGUAGCUUAUUAACGCAAUAUCUUCUCAAGCAAGGUGGCAUGUUGAAGGAGACAUGGAUGGAAGAAGAUCCCAGAGAAGCCAUACUGAAGUAUGCCGAGGCUGCAGAAAAAGAACCAAAGUUUAUUGCCCCGGCUUAUGCUGAGACCCAGCCGAAGCCUGUCUUUGCAGAAUCUGAUAAUGAAGAUGAAGAGUGAUAAUGCAGUGAUGUACUUGAAGCAAAGUUCUUAGCAGAUACUGGUAAAGAAGACGAAGAAUGUUGUACUAUUGUACUAAUCUGCAAAAACCCGCGAACACAAAAAGUGAUCCUGACGUACUAAAAGUGUGUCCGUUGCUGCUUCUGGUCAUGAUUAUGAAGAGUGCCACACUUGUAUACAAUAUUGUCAGAACCCGAGUUCAUACUUUAAUUGAAGAUGAAGAUGAAAAUUGAUGCAUAUCAUGAUUGUAUUAAAUGAAAGUGGAGAUUUUAGCUUAACUGCCAAUUUUUUAGGCAAGUUUAACUCCUUUUUAGAAGCUAGAGUAAAGGAUUCGUCUUUCUUCCCUAGAUUAUAUGGAAUUAUUUCUUUUUUUUAACUUAGGACGUAAUUGAUGUGUUUAAACUUUAAAUUGUUGGAUGCUCUUUUUUUCAUUAUUAUUUUUUUACCGAGUAGGAUGGGAAAAUAAGAGUUAGGUGAAAAUUUGCCCAAGUAAAAACAUUUAAUACAUCAAUUGUGCAUAUAGUGAAAAGCAACAUGCUAUUGAUUUUAAA